AUGUAUGACUCGGAUGCCGAUCGUGGAUCCACCACCACCAUCACCACCCGCCUAAGCCAUCCGUUAAAAGAAGACUGGCCACCGCCGCCGUUGACCGCCGGUUUCCGCGCCACUGCAAUGGUAGGUGAACCGAUAACUUUACGACGAAAACCUCGUUCGGUAAAAUGUUGCAAUGUCAGACGUGCCGUUAGUGAACGACGACGGUCCGUUAUGCAACUUGACAACCGUCGGGUGCAGUCGUAAAAACGCAUUCAAUGGCCACACGUUUAAUUCGGGAGUCAGACGCCAUUGGAAUUUACGCGAUAACGGCCAAAACGGAAAUCACUACGGUAAAAAUGUCCCGGCCGUAGGAAAACGAGGUGUAAUGAAAAACAAUUUUAAUGUUUGUUUAUAG